CCUUGAUUCAGGGCCGCUCCUUGAUUACCAAAGAUGUACCAAAGAUAUCAAAUGUCACCAGGUGUACAUACUUUUGCCUCUGCAAAAACAUAAACAUUUGCGAGCUUACUCCUAUGGCUCCCCCUUGCUAUCACUGACACAUAAAUACCCCCAUCCCUCCUGUCUGAGAUGGUCUUCCAUUCUUCCUUCUAAUCCGUACUGGAUACGUACAUCAGCUAUCUCAUUUUCUCUAAACGACUCUAGUGGACAUUACCAUGUUGCUUUUGAACUUUCUCACCUAUACCGGCAUAGCCGCUGCUAUGACCUGUAACAUCAUCGGUCCAGGCUCUGGCAAUUGCCGUUCCUGCCCAUCUGAUAACUGCGAUAUCAAGAGAAAAUUCAAUACCGGAAGCAAACAGGACUUCGGGUGUGUCUGGCCUGAUGGUGGACCGGUUAAUGGCAGAAAACGCUGGGGUUAUAACAAGGCGCAUGACUGCUUUGUGUCAGAAGUAAGGCUCGGGAAAUGCAACAUAAACGGCGUAACGGAUUGUGUUGUGUCCUUUGCUCAGGGCUUUGCGCCACCGCCCUCUUAAAUUUCACUUAUAACCAGGAUGACCGCAUUGUCGGCAAAUCUCUCAGUCCUGCAAUAUCUGCACACAGUCACCGUACCCCCCUUUUCGUUUUUGUUCAGUUCCUAUUUGAUUUUCAAGGAAGGAGUUCAUUUGGGAAAUCCUCUAUUCUAUUCCCCAUGGAAUUCAACUAGGAAAAAUUAAAUUCUUCUAUGGGGUAUG